ACCAUAACGAUUCCGAGGAUCAGGUGUACAUUUUCUUUACAAACCUGAUCACAAACUUCACCGUGAUCAUUGAACUUAUCACCUUUACGUGAUGUGUCAUGACUCCCAACAAUCAGAUAAACAAUCACUGUCACCGCCAUCAUGACACCUGAAGAGCUCUCUCUGGAAAAAUGUGUCACUCGUCCGAUAUUGUUUCAAGCUCUUACCAAAUCAUGUCUAUAUUCGUUGCAUAAACUUGCUCCAGUUUUGGGUUCAAAGUGGACGAAUGACGGAAUGUGCGCCAUGUCAAGAUAGGAGAGUACUUCGUCAGUUCACUUUCAUCUAGUUUCAAUUGGACGCCGUGGGAACAUGUUCCAGAUCUGUGGUGAGGUUUCCCCUGGUUGGGAGGAGGUCAAGGCCAAAUUCAAGGCCAAUUUUGAGAGUGGGGCGGAUGAGAACGCCCAAUUAUGCAUUUACCACCGGGGCCAAAAAGUGGUGGACCUCUGGGGAGUGGCCAAAGGCACUGACUUCAAUGGGAACUCCCUUACCCUAUCAUGGAGCUCGAAUAAAUCCAUAGCCUCCAUUGCCAUGGCAUGGUUAGUAGACAAAGGACACCUUGAAUACCAUGAUCUGGUAACCAAACAUUGGCCCAAGUUCGGGCAGAACGGCAAGGAUGCCAUCAAGGUCGAGGACGUCCUUAGACAUGAAGGCCGUCUCCCAGCCUUUUCAAAGCCCAUCCCUGACGAGGACCUGACUCGGGAACGCAUCAAAACCAAUGCAGUGGGUCGACUCAUCGAAGAACAGGUUCCACAUGAGGUUCACCCUGAGUCACCACGGGAAUACCACGCCCUGACCCGCGGCGCCAUUUUGAAUGAGAUCUUCCGGCGCGCCCAUCCCCAAGGUUGGACCAUUGGCGAAUGGGUGGAAGAGAUCUUGUACAAGACUCAGGGCCUGGAUUGCCAUUUGGGCAGCUCGGAUCCGGCGGUGCAAGAUCGUUUCGUCUGUCCUCGUAUCCGAUCCCUGCGGUACAUCUUACUUCAAGCACUCAACCCCUUCUCCAAAGAUGUCUUUGUGGGUCCUAAAGCCCUCCUCGCCAUGGUUAGGACCGUCAAGAAGACGAGCAGCAAAGGAAAUAACAAUGCUUUGUUUCUGGCCAGUCUGAGAAAAGAGGACAAGUUGCAUGUCAUUGUCAAGGCCAUGGCCUCGAAGGAGGUUAGACGCACCGAGAUCCCCAGUGCCAAUGGUUUGUCCACUGCCAGGGGUUAUGCUAAAUUGGGCGCCAUCAUUGCCAAUAGAGGAGUUUUGGGGUCCGGAGAGAGACUCCUCAGUCAAACGGCGGUUGAAAAGAUGGAAGCCAAUCCCAUACGAAGGCCCAAUAUGGCCAUCCUUGGGGUCGAAGACAACUUUAGCCAGGGUGGAUUGUGUGUGUUUAACAAGGAUCUUGGCGAGCACCAUUUGGCCAAAUCGAUUGGGAUGCUCCCCCGGGAUGGAUAUAUCGGUUGGUUUGGUUUGGGCGGCAGCGUGUUCCAAUAUCACCCUGAGAACCAAAUUGGGUUCGGAUACGUUCCGACUUUGCUUCAUUGGGAGGAUGUGGGAGGCGCCCGUGGAACGCAGUUGCAAGCCGUGGCCCUUAAAAUUGCCAAGCGCAUUGAUAGCGCCAGAUAGAACUUGUCAUUAACUUGUCAAAUGUCUAUAAAUAUAUAUGUACUUCUUUUAAGGA